AUGAAAAGUGGUUUAUUUUUAACAUAUAUAACAUUUUUAAUAAUAAUAAAUAUUGUUAAUUGUGGAAUCUUUAAAUUUUUAGAACCAGUAAAUUAUAUAUCAUCAUCAAAAUGGAGACUAUCUAGAGACAGAUCAAUGAAUAUUGGAUGGAAUUCCGAAGAUCACAAUGAUACAAUUCAUUCAAUAACAACAUCAUCAAGUGGACAAUAUAUAAUUUCAUGUUCAAAUGAUAAAUUAGCAAAAUUUCAUAGAGUUUUAAUGUAUCCAAAUUUAUAUCCAGAUUGGACACAUAUUUAUUAUGGAGAAUUAAAAUUAAGAGGAUAUGGUAAUGAUGAUAUUGAGAAUUUAAAAUGUUUACAAACAUUAGAUGGUAAACAAUUAUUAACAUUAUCAGUUAAUAAAAAAGAGAAUAGAGUUCAUUUGGAUACUUUUACAUUAAUUGAAUUAGAUUCAAUUGAAAAUAGAAAUCCAAUAAUAAACAUUAAAUCACCACAACCACCACCACCAAACAUUAAUCAAUUAUCAAAUAUUACAAACUUUAAUAUAAUAUUCCCAUUGGAUGAUUAUAAUGAAGUUUUUGUAAAUUCAUCAUCUUUAAAAUCAAAUUUAUUAAAAUCACAUAUUUCAAAAUCAUCUUUAAAACAGCUUGAAUCAAAUAAUCAUUUUUCACCAUAUACAACAACCUUAAUAAAUAAAUUACAAAAAUCACCACAAGGAGAACAGCAACACCAACAACAACAACAACAACAACAACAACAACAACAACAACAACAACAACAACAACAACAACAAGGAGAACAACAACAACAAGGAGAACAACAACAACCAAUUUUUGAUUUAUCAUUAAAUGGUAAACAUUUAUUAUUAUCAUUUGAUAAUAAAAUUAAAAUUCAAAAAGUUCAUAAUCAAUCAAAUGAUAAUGGUAAUCAAAAGUUUAAAUGGGAAAUUAUAACAAUUGAAGCAAGAUAUAAAAUUCAAGAUGUUGUUUUUUUACCUGAUAAUAAUGAAAAUGAUAAUUCAAUAUUAGUUUUAUUAUUAGAUUUAGAGAAUGAUGGUGAUGGUAGUGAUGGUAGUGAUGGUGGUGAUGAUAGUGCUCAAAAUUAUCAUCAUCAUCAUCAAUUAGAGAAACAAGCUAAAUUAAUUUUAUAUAAAAAUAUUGAUGGAAAGAAAUGGAGACCAAUUGAAUUGGAAAUUUCAAAUCUACUUUUAUCAACAUCAUUGAAAAUCAUUAGAAAUAAAGCAUUACCUCAAAAUGAUUGUAUUUUAAAUAAACAGCAACAAAAACAACAACCAAUUUUCGUUGGAUUUCAAGAUGAUAGAUUCACUGUUCAUUUAGGUGAAAUUAAAAAUGAUAAAUUGAUUUUAAUUAAAUCAUUACCAUUACCAUUUCACCAAGAAUUACCAAAUGAUCCAAAUCAUAGAGUUUCAAUUGAUUUUUCAAAAGAUUCAAAAAUGUUUUCAAUUCAAUAUCCAAAUUCAAAUACAAUUUAUAUAUAUACAAGAGAUGAUUUUGAUAAUGAAGAUAAUAAUAAUAAUAAUAAUAAUAACAAUAAUAAUAAUAAUGAUGAUGAUGAUGGUUCAUAUUCGUUUAGAUUAUCAAGUAUAAUAGAUGAUUUGCCAAUUAGAUCACAUGGUUCUGUAUUGUUAUUCAAUUUUAAAUAUAAUUAUUUAGUUACAAAUUUCGAUGGUCAUUUAUCAUUUUUUAGAGAUUUUGAAACUCAAGUAUCACAAUGUGAUCCAGCAUCACGUACAAAAAGUUUUUAUUUACCUUCACCACCUUUAAAAUCAAAUAUUACUGGUAGUGAUAGAUUAGAACUUGAACAAUUUGGUUUACUUUAUUUACUUAAAAUUGGUACCAAUUCAUCAUCAUCAUCAUUAUCAUCAACAUCAACAUCAUCAUCAAUUAGUCAAAUUCAAAUUAAAAUUUUAAUGUAUACAAUUUUUGGAUAUUCUUUAGUAAUUUUAUUACAAAGAUUAUUAAUUCCAUUGGAGGUUUAUUAUAUUGGUCCAUUUAUUAAUAAGGUUUUAAAGAAAAUUAGUUUUACUAAAAUUAAUAUUAAAAAUAUUCAAAAUAUUUUAUUUUAUUCAAUUGCAUUGGUUAUUUUAUUACUUUCAUUCUAUGAAAUUACUUUUCAAGCAGCAUAUACAAAUGAUUGGCCAGCUCAUAUUCAUCAUAUUGAUCAAUUUUUAAAUCCACCUCCUAAAAAUAUUUCAAUAUUUAAUUCAAUAUCUGAUUCAAAUACAAAUAUUGCUUUUGGUGGUGGUAGUACCACUACCACUUCAAAUGAUGAACAGUUAAAUUAUAAUGAUAAUAAUAAUAAUAAUAAUGAAGGUAGUGCUGAAAGUGAUUUAAAUAAAUUAUUCCCAUCAAUUCAAUAUCGUCAACAAAAGGAUGAUAUUGAUAAUAGUGGUUCAAGUUCAAGUAGUGAAGAAUUUUUUAAUAGUUUAAAUAUUAAAGCACCACAAGGAAAUAGUAAUUUUAAUUCAAGUAAUGGAGGUUAUCAAUACUUUUCAAAAUAUUUACCAUCAUUUUUAAGAGAUAAAUUCGAUUUCGAUUAUAAUAAUUAUAUGCAUUAUCAUGGUCCAAAUACUUAUCCAGCUGGGUUCCUUUAUCUUUAUACACUACUAUACUAUAUUAGUAAUCAUGGUCAAUCAUUACAAAUAUUUCAAUUGAUUUGGGCAUUUUUAGAAUUUUUCAAUUUCAUUUUAAUUAAAAAGAUUUGUGAAAAAUUAUCAAUUCCAAUCAUUUUAGCUGUAUUACCAAUACUUUCAAAUAGAUUACAUUUAUAUAAUGUUAGAGUUGUAAUUAAUGAUUUUCCAUCAACUUUUUUAAUUCAUAUUUGUGUAUUAUUAUUAAUUAGUAAAAGAUUUAAAUUAUUUUCAACAUUAUUUUCAAUUAUAGUUUCAUUGAAAUUAAAUACAAUUUUCCAUUCACCUGCAAUUUUAUUCAUAUUUUUUAAUAGUCUUUCAAUUGGUCAAGUAAUUUUAAAUUUAACUAUAAUGGCAUUCAUUCAAUUAUUAGUUGGUUUACCAUUUUUAAUGGUAAAUCCAGUUGCUUACUUUACAAAUGCUUAUGAUUUUAGUAGAACUUUAUUAUGGGAAAAAACUAGAAAUUUCAAAUUUAUUGGUAGAUUAAUUUAUGAUUCAACUUUAUUUAAUAUUUUAUUGUUAUUAUUAUUAAUUAUUACAAUUUUAAUAUUUAUUUAUAAAUAUCAAUUGGCUGUAAAUGAAAUUAAUAGAUUAUUAAAAGUUGUAAAGAAUAAUACUGGUGGUACAAUUAAUAAUGAAAAUAAUAAUAUUGGUGAUGAAGAAAUUGAAUUGAAAUUAAAAAGAAUUUAUAUAUUAUCAUUUAUUAGUGUAAAUUUCUUUGCAGUAGUUUGGGCAAGAGGAUUAUAUACACCAUUUAUGUGUUGGUAUUUCUAUACACUACCAAUCAUAUUGUAUUUCGCUAAAUUCUCUUAUACUUUUAUUGUAUUAUUUUGGUUAGCUCACGAAAUACUAUUUAGAUUCUUUAAAGAUUUCUAUAUUGAAAUGUUGGGUACAUUUAUAUUCUUAAAUAUAAAUCUUUUAAUUUUAAUUAGAUUAUAUAAUAAUUUCAAUUUUACAACUUCAACAAAAUCUACAAUUCCAAGAAUAAAAACAAAAACUCAACAAAAAAUCAAAACACAAUAA